GCAGAUGAUUGAGCAUUCCAGGACAAAGAAUCCAUUUGGGCACAGAUGUUCCCUGGAGCUUAAAAAAUAAUUAUUAAUUACUCCAAAUUUCAAGAUGUCUGCCAUGUUCAUUAAAGAAAGUUUAUUUGCCACUAUUUAUCACAGAUGAACACUUCUGGUGUACAUAAUUGGACCCAUAAAAAUCAUAUUUACUGAUAAUCUUUUUACUUUUCAAGACAGUCAUGAUACUAAAAUUUACUUUUGCACUAAAAUCACCAAUUAGACGAAUGUGUUUGCUUAAAUAUUUUGAAUGAUAGUAGUCAUAUAUAUUAUCUUUUGUGUUUCCUUUUUCUGGUUGACAUUUUUUCAAAAUGGCCACCAUGGUUGUACUGUAAUAGAGAGUAUAUGUUUGUACUAAAGGCGCCAAUAGCUAACUAAUGGAAGUGGUGAGCGUAGCUAACCAAAACGUUAGGUUCACUAACCACUAAUCUGUUAAACUAAAAUCUUAGCUCAGCUGACACCAAACUGCUGAGCACGUAAAAAAUGUUAGCUGAAGCUAAUGCUAACCAUUAAAAAAAAAAGGUCCAGUUUAAAUGUCAGUAAACAGACUUAUUUACGUCGAGAAAUAAAAACAAAAGAAGUGGAGGGAAGACGAAUAAAUGCAUACCAAGUCAUGAAAAUGGGAAAUGGGUGACAUUUCAUGGCAGCCAUCUUGAAGAAUAUGGCCGUCAUCCUGAAAUUCAAGUGGUUAACGGAAAUUAUGGAAAACAUACGACCAAUUUUGCUGCUUGUGUCCCACACGUGAAAGAUUUUCACAGUAACAUGCUGCUCUACCAGGGGUGCGGAGCGUUUGAAGGAGGGGGAGGGUGUUGUGGGUUUGUGUUUAGGAGAGAAACACUUCAGGGACGAGCAGCCAGGCUGGCAGUGAAACCGACACAUAAGCAAGAAGUCGGCUGGACGACUGCCAGGCUGUGCCGUGUGCUCCAGCCUCGCCGAGGUGUUCCUGGACUGCAGCCGUCGCAGAAUUUUCCAUCAGAUGGGACUGUUGGGUUUUCACCAACAAAAUGAUUAGUGAUGCUGAGACGACGCUGCCAGAUAAAGGACCUGGCAGCUCAGACCGUUUUGCUUUUUUGAGUCUUUUGUUGCAAAAAAUAGAGUUCGCAGCAAAUCCAGUGCAAAUUCCUCCUCCAGUCUGGGAGAAAUGGUGUCAGGCACGUUCAAACCAAACCCAAACUCAGCAGGAAAGCAAAAGCAAAAAGUGGCUGAACAUGUCCCCCCGUACGACGUGGUUCCGUCCAUGAGGCCGGUGGUCCUGGUAGGUCCGUCCCUGAAAGGCUACGAGGUGACGGAUAUGAUGCAGAAAGCGCUGUUUGACUUCCUGAAGCACAGGUUCGAUGGAAGGAUAUCCAUCACGAGGGUCACCGCUGAUAUAUCGUUGGCCAAGAGGUCAGUACUUAACAACCCCAGUAAACGGGCCAUCAUUGAGAGGUCCAACACCCGCUCCAGCCUCGCUGAGGUCCAGAGUGAAAUAGAAAGGAUCUUUGAGCUGGCCAGAUCUCUACAGCUGGUGGUGUUGGAUGCAGACACAAUUAAUCACCCAGCACAGCUCAUCAAGACCUCGUUAGCUCCCAUUAUUGUCCAUGUUAAGGUGUCAUCUCCUAAGGUUUUGCAGCGCCUGAUCAAAUCGCGAGGGAAGUCCCAAAGCAAACACUUGAACGUGCAGCUUGUUGCAGCAGAAAAACUAGCCCAGUGUCCAUCUGAGAUGUUUGACAUUAUUUUGGAUGAGAACCAGCUUGAAGAUGCCUGCGAACACCUGGCAGAAUACCUGGAGGCGUACUGGCGCGCUACCCACACUUCACUUAGCACGUCGCUCAACCCCCUGCUGGGACGCAAUCUGGGCUCCACCGCUCUCUCCCCGUAUCCGGCUGCCAUCCAGGCCCAAAAGAAUCGAAACAGCAACCACACGACUACCGACCAUUCCCCCGUCGAGUGCCGCAAUCUGAUGCCCGCGGACGAGAACUAUCACAACGAGCGGGCCCGGAAGAACCGCAACCGCCUGUCCUCGGGCUCACAGCACAGCAGGGACCACUCUCCGCUGAUGGAGGAGGACUACCAAGACCCCUACCAGGACUCUUACAAGCCUCACCGCAACCGCGGAUCCCCCGGAGGCUACAGCCAGGACUCUGCCAGGCACAGGCUGUGAGCCGAUGCACUGCCUGCGCCGAACACAAUCGCUGAGGCGCGUGAUUUAAUCUACUUCAGUCAUGUGAACUGGACGUAUCUCUUAUGUCUGUGUAGUACCUCAUAUCCCCUUUUGACCUUGGUUGUUGUUGCCAAAUGGACAUUUAUAACCUAAUAUAAAAAAGAACAACUGCCUUUGCUAUGAUGUGAAUAUGAGGGUGAACAUGUAGCACAAGAACUCUGUUUUAAACGAAGGGUGGACGUUUAGCUUGUUUUAAUGUGUCACACAAGUAGCUUGUAAGUUAAAUCAACUAGCAAGUGAAAGUGUGGGGUCUUCUCCACUUUCCCUGCCGUCUCAGCUGUCCCUGUAGCAUGUAGGUGGAGGGCUGUGAAGCCAGUGCCAGACAGUGUCCCGCUGCGAUUCAGCUACUCAGUUUAAACUUAUCUUAAGACAUGAGGGAAGCAAAAAUAUGCCAUUAAUAAUACAUUUGUGUUCUACCAUCCUCGACGUGAGCGAGCCUGUUCCAAAAUUCUUGACUUUUUCUAUUUGUUUACAAUAUUACUUAUAUAUUUUUUUUCCUCUUCGAAGUUCAUCCAGUAGCUUCCUGCAUUCUUCUUUACUUUCCCUAACACCCAUUUUUGUUCAAUCGGUCGUAUGCAAAGUCGCGCAAGUACAGGGAUGUUUAAAGCUCCAAACCUCAGGAAUGAGGGGUCACUAAGACCCAGAAGUGUAGCGUUUUGUUGUCUUACCCAUCUGGAUCAUUUUGGGUGUAUUAUUUAAUAUACAGUGCCUUUCAAGAGUAUUCACAGCCGAAGUUUUAAUUGGGAUGAAACAUGGUGGUGGCAGCAUAUACCUGUGGUGAUACAGUAUUGGGGGGAUAAAAAUAACUAUUGGAGUAUGUAGAAGCUAUGCUAGUUGUCUGGUGUUAAAAUGGUCCUGUCAAAGUCUACACGUUUCAGUAGGCCAAAAUGUCAGCCUCCUGAUCUGGUACAUUCACCAUAAAAAUUUCACGCUGCAAUCAAAACAAAAUGUAAACGCAUGUAUCAUUCUCCUUUCAUUUCAAAUUAUCUGGUACUUUAUGUUGGGUUACCACAUAGCACCUGCAUGUAAUACAUUAAAGAGUGAGGUGGUAACAUGAAUGCUUUUGUAAGGCACUGUCGCUGUAGUGAAAUGCUAUGAUGUGCAUUUUGUUGUUUUUUGUUUUGUUUUGUUUUGUUUUUUUUGUCUGAGUUUAGUAAAGCAUGAUUAUGAAAAUAUAAGAGUGGAUUUUAGUUUGUGACAUACUGAGGGCUUCCAUGUGUAAAUAUUGUCAAAGAUGACAGAAGAGAAACCUAAAAUUCAACUUUUGUUAAAUCUGAUUACAUUCCAUUGGUUUAAUUCAAGGCACUGCAUAUGACUCAGAUCAAGAUUUCUUUUUUAAAGGUUUUAUAAUAACUGUAAAAUGUUCACCGGGCAGAAGCUGAUCCGGACCAUCUUCUUUGUUUUCAGGUGUAACUUUUUACAUUAUUUUAACUUCCAUUAGAAAUUCUUGGAUAAAAAUGGAAAACCACAGAAUAAAGGAUGGACUUCUCUAUACCCAUUAGAGCUUUUGCUAGCCAAUACUAAUAGUUACAUGUAACUGUCUUUAGCCAAACAGGAAAAAAUGUUCUGCAGGGCAUUUGAUAGAGGUGGUAGACUUGAAUUCAAUAAAAUAUGAACUACCCACUA